GCACGUCGUCGCAUCUGUGCGUUCCUGCGUAUGGAAGGCGACGAGUUUCGCCCAUGAGAAAUCCAGACCGUACAAGAUUUGGGAUUAUUUCGCGUUUCUACACAUCUGAUGAGUAAAUAUUCCUGUUUCCACAUUUAUGAUGGAGGAUCAUAUGCAGUGCACAAUCUGCUUGGAUCCGUAUAAGAUCCCUGUGACAAUCCCAUGUGGCCACACCUUCUGCAAGGUCUGCAUCUCCAAGUUCUGGGAUGGCAAGGACAAAGACUUCGCCUGCCCUGUUUGCAACGUAACCUUCGCCACAAGGCCUCAGCUGAAUCGCAACGUGUCCUUGUCGAUUUUAUCUGAGGCGGCCGCCAGUCCAACCAAGAGAGACGUUUGCACAGGAGCCUCCGUCCACACGGAUCUGGAGCCAGAGCAGAUCUGUGAGCGGCACCAGAAACCUCUGGUCAUCUACUGCAGGAACGACAGCAUGUGUGUUUGCUAUGAGUGCUCUGUGAACGAAUGUAAGGCCCAUGAUAAAAUUUUGGUGGAAGAAGAACGGAAGAAUAGAGAGGCAGGUUUAAAGAAAAAGAGUGCAGAAUUCAACAAACACCAGGAAAGCACUGAGAGAAACCGCCUGGAGCUCAUGGAGAAUAUGGAGAAAGCAAAGGUAUCACUACAGCAGACAUCUCUGUGGGUGAACAACAAGUUCUCACAGCUGAUAAAGGUGUUGGCAGAGAAACAGGAAGUGACACAGCUUUUUCUGGACCAGCAGCAGGAACUGACAGUGUCUCAGGCUCAGGAGAGGCUGGCUGUGCUGGAGGAGAGAGCGACACAGCUCGCAGCCUUUCAGGAGGAGAUCAGCAGCCUGUGUACACUACCCACCUGCCAGCUCAUCAAGAACUCCAGGUUAAUAGAGGUCCCACACUUCAGUGACAUUCCUGUGGAUGUGCAUGUGAGCGUACAGGAGAAGCUGACACCCGUCACAGACGUCCUGUCCCGCGUCUCUAAGCUGGUGUGUGAGGAUCUGGAGAGAGCCGUACAGGUGCCCGGAGGACAGGAUAAAGAGGGCUCUCCUCAAGAUAAAAGGCCAGUUCUGGCUGUUGUUCCCAGUCCUGCAACACCAUCAUAUCCAGCAGAGAGAGAAGGACUGAACGCAUACCACUGCAACCUGACCUUUGACCCUCGCACUGCCAACGCUCACUUACGCCUUUCCCAGAGCAACAGGAGGGCGGAGCAUCUGACCUCCGGGCCCCGCCCCGUCCCGGCCGACGAGUCGCGCUUCGACCACACCUGGCAGGUGUUGUGUUUCCAAAACUUCACUCACGGCCAGCACUACUGGGAGCUGGAGGUGUCCAAACCGUGGGCCUACGUGGGCGUGACGUACCCGAACAUCCCACGCAAAGAGAAGGGCAAGCGCUGCAUGGUAGGGAUGAACGAGCUGUCGUGGAGCCUCCAGUUAGACGAGCGGCAGCUGAGCGCGUGGCACGCCGGCUGCAGGGAGCCCGUCGUGGGCCAGCUGCCGUUGAACGCGCAGCCCCUGCGUAUCGGGAUGCUGCUGGACUACGAGGCCGGGACGCUGACGUACUACGGCGAGGGACAGGUCCGGCUGCACGCCUUCCACUGCGCGUUUACACAAGCGCUGCUCCCGGCCUGCUGGAUCGGGGAGGGUGUCACGAUUACGCUUUGUGAACCACGAGCAUGAACAUAUUUGAUGUUUGAUCAUGGGGAAAUAGAUGCAUCCCUACUGAGCUGAACCUGAGACGUGUGGCCUUCCUUCGCCAUCAUUUACUCCUGGUGUUUUUGAGCAGUGGUGAGAUUUGAUGAGCUCAGGGUUUACUCUGGGAUGGUUCAGGUUGAUCUAUGGAGAAUUGCAUGAGGGUCGAAAUAUACUUCAUGCAAGUAUGUGAACGCAGAUGCUUAAAUUGAAAUAUUCAGUGAAAGUGUGUGUGUGUAUAUAUAGUUUUGAAAGAAGUCUGUUAUUAUUUAAAAAAUUAAGUUUAUUAUUAGUUUAUACACUACCAGUCAAAAGUUUUUGAACAGUAAGAUUUUUAAUGUUUUUUUUUUUUUUUUAAAGAAGUUUCUUCUGCUCAGUAAACCUGCUUUUAUUUGAUCCAAAAAACUGCAAAAACAGUAAUUUAAUUACUAAUUUAAAAGAACUGUUUUCUAUUUGAAUAUAUUUAAAAAUCUAAUUUGUUCCUGUGAUUUCAAAGCUGGAUUUUUAGCAUCAUUACUCCAGUGACAUGAUCAAUCAUUCUAAUGUUCUGAUUUGCUGCUCAAAAAACAUUUAUUAUUAUUAUAAUGUUGUAAACAGCUGAGUAGAAUUUUUUCGGGUUUCUUUAACAAAUAGAAAGUUCAGAAGAACAACAUUUAUCUGAAAUAGAAAUCUUUUGUAACAUUAAGAAAGUCCUUAUCAUCACUUUUUAUUUAGCAUCUUUGCUAAAUAAAAGUAUUAAUUUCUAUAAUUUCUUUCCCAAAGAAAAAAAACUUAAUUAUUUCAGAUAAAUGCUGAUCUUUUGAUCUUUCUAUUUAUCAAAGAAUCUUGAAAAAAAUUUACUCAACAGUUCUUAAAUGUUAAUAAUAAUAAAAAUGUUUCUUGAGCAGCAAAUCAGAAUAUUAGAAUGAUUUCUGAAGGAGCAUGUGACUCUGAAGACUGGAGUAAUUAUGCUGAAAAAUUCAGCUUUGAUCAUGGGACUAAAUUACAUUUUAUAAUAUAUUCAAAUAGAAAGCCGUUAUUUUAAAUAGUAAACAUAUUUCAGAUUUUUACUGUUUUUGCUGUACUUUGUAAGCAGAACAUACUUCUUUAAAAACAUUAAAAAUCUUACUGUUCAAAAGCUUUUGACUGGUAAUGUAUUAGUAAAUAUUAAAAAUAUUAUUAGUUUAAACUAAUAACUAUUUUCUAUUUAAAUGUAUAAUUUAUUCAUAUAAAUCGGCAUAUAAGAAUGAUUUCUGAAGGAUCACGUGACACUGAAGACUGGAGUAAUGAUGCUGAAAAUUCAGCUUUGAUCACAGGAAUAAAUUACAUUUUAAAAUAUAUUCAAACAGAAAGCAGUUAUUUUAAAUAGUAAAAAUAUUUCAGAUUUUUACUGUUUUUGCUGUACUUUGGAUCAAAUAAAUACAGCCUUGGUGAGCAGAAGAGACUUCUUUCAAUAAUAAUUAUUCCAAAACACACACAUAUAGACCAUCUGUGUUUACAUACUUCAUAAAGCGUGUUUUUCUGUUCUAAAUCUUUGCCAUUCUUACCUGCGGCCAAAUUAUGGCAGGUUAUGUUUUGAAGAGUUUGCAUUAAGGGCCAGUUGUGCACUUUUUAUUUUGUGUUCGAGAGAGAUCAACAUUAUUUUCUGCUGUAUCCACUCUAGUAUAUAAUUCCAUUUCUAGUUUUUACAUUUCAGAAUCAGAUCUGCUCACCUGAAGUUUCAAAGGACAAAUGUUUAUGUUUCUGUCUUUUGUUUUCCUGUGCUGUAGGAUUCUCGUAAUAGUGAUUUGUAUUUGUACGUAUUUCUACUGUAUCAGUUUUAGUAGUGUUUUGUUUAUUUUUAUAGAGUUUAACUAUAUUGCGAAUAACAUGUCCAUCAGAUUUAUCUUUUAACACUUCAGAUAUUGACAUCUGUGAAUAUGAAAUUAAAUUUCACACUCUGAACGCUAGUCAUAAACUCUAAUUUUAUUAUCAUUGGUUGUGUUCAGAAUAGCAUACAUGUACAUUUUAAAAUAUGUAUCAUUUUUAUACAACAUAGUAUGCAAUAGUAAUGCUGCUUUGCUUGUCAUAGUAUGUUUAUGAUUGAAUUUGUCACAUUAUAGGUCAAAAAAGUUAGAAUUGUGACAAAACUAGCAAUUGUGAAAUAAAAGUCAGAAUUGUGAGUUAAUAUCUUACAAUUGUGACUUUUUUUCUCACAAUUGUAACUUUAAAUUUACGUAACUUUUCUGAAUUGUGAUUUAAAUUCACGAUUACCUUUUUUUUAUUUAAACAGGCUUCCAUUGCACUUUUUGCAUACUGUGCAAAGCAUAAAUAAUGCAUACUGCAACUACAGUAUUAUUGGUAUGCUAUUCUGAACAUAGCCUGAAAGUUUGAACACUGUGUGCGUUAUAUCUGAAUAUGGGAUCAUAAUUAUGUGAAAUCCUUUGUUUGGCACUUGGGCUAACUUAAUGCACUAGUAAACUAGUAAAAGGUAGAAUUGUCCUUAACAUUGGGAGAUUGUUUAAAUAUUAGAAAAAGUAAUUUGCACAAGCCAUCAAGGCAGUAAGAGUAAAGGGAAAACUGGAAAAAAGCACAUCCUUUGGAAAAAUUAA